AUGAUGAUGAUGGUGAUGGUUGUUGUGGAAAUGGUGAUAGUGCUGGUGAUUGUGGUUAUUGUGGUGGUGGUGAUGGUUGUGAUGAUGGUGUUGGCGAUGGUGAUGAUGGCGGUGAUGAUGGUGGUGAAUGUUAUUGCGGUGGCGAUGCUGUUGUUGAUGGUGUUUGUGGUGGUAGUAGUGGUGGUGAUGGUUAAGGUGAUGGCAGUGGUGAUUGUCAUGGUGGUGGUGGUGGUGAUGGUGGGGAUAAUGGGGAAGGUGGUGAUGGUGGUGGUGAUGAUGAUGGUGUUGGUGAUGGUAGAGAUGGUUAAAGAAAUUGUGGUCGUGAUAAUGAUUGUUGGUGAUGGUGUUGUUGUUGGCGAUGACGACUACGAUGGUGAUGAAAAUGAUGGUUGUUAUGGUGGUGAUUGUGAAGGUAAUGGUGGUGUUGACGGUGAUGGUGAUGGAAAUGGUUGUGAUGGCGGUGUUGGUGGGGAUUGUGGUGGGGAUGGUUAUGAAAGUGAUGGUGAUGAUGGUGUUGUUGACGUAGAUGGUGGUUAUGGUGGUGGUGACAAUUGUGGUCGUUUUGAUGGGAGCGGUGGUGGUGAUAGUGGUCGUAAUGGUGGCUGUGGAGGUGGUGAUGAUGAUGUUGGUGAUGGUGGUGCUGGUAUUUGUGAUGUUUUUGGUGAUAUGGGUUAUGUUGGUUGUGGUAUUGGUGGUGAUAGUCCUUGUGAUUGUGGUGAUUUUAUGAUGGUAAUGAUGAUGGUGGUGGUAAUGGUGGUGGGGAUGGUAGUCGUGAUGAUGGUGGUGCUGGUUGUGGUGGUCGUGGUGGAAUGUGUUUGGUGA